GUCACUCUGACGGAGUCUAAUCCUUCUCUCGCCUGCUGCAUGAUCCUCGACUGCCUCUCGAGCCCCAGGGCGGCUGACGUUACAAGUGGGAGCAUAGCGCUUCGCUCGUUUCUGCCAAUUACUGUCUCGUACCUUUGUGUUGCAUCGCGUUCGAUUCAGCGCCGCUCGGACUCCCGUUUUCGACGACAAACCCCCUUUCCAGUGCACAAGGGUCUCGAAUAAUUGAUGUUCUUUUCGCCCAACCACGUGCUCGAAGCCUAGGACGUCGUCGAAGCCCUCCCUCUCUCUGACCUCGUCCUACCCGAAAGCUUGACGCCCUCUUGUUGGCGGUUAGACCAGUCCCCGUUCAAUCGAAAGUCAGCCCGUCGUCACGGCCAUCCCUCCGAUUGACCAAUCAGGCGACCAAUCAUCGCCUGCGAUCUGCCGACUCUUCUCCUCUCGCUCCUCCAGAACGAUUGCCGUUGAACUCUCGCGCCGUUCCUUUUGGUCAUCGUCCAAGACAGGAUCCCGGGUCAUUGAAUCCUGACAUACAUUGGCUCUAGAGUCGCUCUCUUCUACUCUCAGCCUGCCCACAUCACUCAUGACGAAUCCGUCUUCCUUUCCUAGUUCCUCUUCAUCGGGAAACGAUGCAUCCGGGAACCCAGAAACCAGUCGAGGGGAUGGCACUGCAGCCCAUCCUUCAUCGAACACCGGCGCCGUGGACCGGCCCAGGAAGAAAAGAUCGCUACAUCGCAUCCCUUCCCGCUUCUCGUUCCAUAGGCAGCAGAAGGAAGUGUCCGCUGGCUCGAAGGGUUUGGCUCCAGAGGAUGCUGAAGUUACGCCUCAGAGUUCUCGAACAAACCUCGCGAAAAAGAAUCGAGAGGGUAGCAAGGCUAGCAGUCGGAUAUCGCGUCGCAAUCAACCUCCACUAGAGGGUGCAUCCACAUCGAAACAUGCUACCACAAACAUGGAUGGCAGUUGCAGCCCUGAAAGGAAGCCGAGAGGCCACUCCAAAUUAUUUGCGUUUCUAAACUGCUGCAGUUCCCCCAGCGAUGACAGCGAUGGGCCGACUCUUCCUCCCAAAAAAGCGACGAAGGCACAGGUAAUCCAAGAAAGGCAAGCCACAACCGUGGAGAAACCUGAACCUAGCGCCGGAGAGUCGAGUAUGGCGGAGUCGAGAGAUCCACAUCCUUUUGAUGAGAAAGCAGGGCUCAAGGUCAACACCGAACAGCAGCCAUCUAAGGCUGAAGCUGAAAUUGCGGCACCGACGAACGAAACGAUAAAACAAGACGAUGACAAAUCCACUCAAGGAUCGAAGUUGUCCGUCAGCCCAGAUGCACCGUCUACUCUUUCCCAGUCUGUCCCGCCCGGUCAACCUGAACCGUUGCAGAGUGGAAUUGGAGCGGACUCAGAAGUGACUGCUGAGCAAAAGGCACCAUCAUCUGACGAAGAACAUGUGGCUUCAGCAAAGUCGCCGAAGCCUGAUGAAAAGAGCGAGUUUGACUCAUACAGUACUUCGCGAACGGAUGGACCUUCUGAAGAAGAAAUAGCUACAGCGCCAAUUCAAACGGUAGAGUCACAGUCCGAACUUCCACCGCCUCCGCCCCCGCCGUCAGACCGCGCUCCUCAGACACCCGAGACUCAAGCUCCGCCUGUUCCACCCGUUCCACCCGAGAAAACGCAGUUUUUGUUGCCUCCCAUAGAGCCGCAUUUAAAAAAUAGAAAGUGCCUUGUUCUUGACCUCGACGAGACCCUUGUCCAUAGCAGCUUCAAGAUUUUAGACAAAGCGGAUUUUACAAUUCCUGUGGAAAUCGAAGGGCAAUACCAUAAUAUCUAUGUCAUUAAACGCCCAGGAGUCGACCAAUUUAUGAAGCGGGUAGGCGAGCUAUACGAAGUCGUCGUGUUUACAGCUUCUGUAUCAAAAUAUGGCGACCCGCUAUUGGAUCAGCUCGAUAUCCAUAAAGUUGUCCAUCACCGCCUGUUUCGAGAUAGCUGCUAUAAUCAUCAAGGGAACUAUGUCAAGGAUCUUUCUCAAGUCGGACGUGAUCUCAAAGAUACGAUUAUAAUCGACAAUUCCCCCACUUCGUACAUUUUCCAUCCCCAGCAUGCUAUCCCUAUUAGCAGUUGGUUUUCUGACGCCCAUGACAAUGAGCUACUUGACCUCAUCCCGGUUCUCGAGGAUCUCGCGGGCUCUCAAGUUAGAGACGUGAGCCUGGUUUUGGAUGUGUCUCUUUAGCUCAUCUGAUGGUCCACGGUGACACCAUUUGGGCCUUUUUGAGUAUUGUAUCACCGGCCGCUGCUGGGUGCAUGCGCUAUUUGUGAAAGUUGUAAGCUUCUUUGCCUGUUGGCUGCGCCUCCGAAAUUAACCAACAGAAUUGCCUCUCGUGGCGGCUGUUCUGAGAAGCAGGUUUCAUGUACCGAGUGCAAAUAUUUUAUUUGGGCCCUGCGAACAGAGGAUCCUUACAUCAGUGUUUCUGUACUCAUUAAUUCAGACGCCAAAGCUUUGAUUAUACCCCCCUGGUGGCUUUGAUUCCCGGAUUUAUUGUUGCUAUUGCCCCAAAACCACUCCUAGCGAGCAUUCAUUUCCUAACUAUUUCCUUUGUGCAUCCUGUCGGCGUUCGUUCUCAGCUGUUCGCGCAGUGGACAAAAUAACCUUUUAUUUCCUACCUAUCUUGAUGCACUUUAAUCCUGUCACUGCUGAUAUACUCCCAUAUCCCUAGUUUAUUUUGAUUUGAUAUCAUACCCAUAUAUCUAUUUCCCAUGUUUUAGCUGAUAUAUCCCUGUUUGCUUGCCCUACGACACUUGAUUGAAUGUAUUGUGUUUAACCUCUGUGAUUACAAAUUUAUCUUCCCCCUUUCCAAUAGCCCUUAAACUUCUUCUCACCUGAGAACCAUGGUUUUAAAUACAUCUCUCUACACGCAGACACGGAAGCUGGAUUCCGUAUAUUACUGCACUAGAUGUUGCCUUGCUUCCCUUGUCUUAUUACUUACUUCAGAGCUUUGCCCCCGAUUUCCGUCCGAUACGUUUCCCCGAUUUAUCGCCAUAUUCUUAGCGACGCAUUUGCGGUAUAAACUGAUACCCAAUGUAUGUGUAAAAGAUAGGGCUAAUAUCCAUCUCACGAAACAGCCUCUGUGACAAAUCUGCAUUUUAUACAACUGGCAUUCCCAGCUAAUAUUAAUUUAUUUAUUUUCUUUUUCAUUGUGUAUCAUUGUUUUGGACUCUGGAUGUAUGUCUGUUGUAACUCACCAUUCUAAAUAUUUCAGGGAUCA